AUGCCGUUUGCUCCAUUUGUUGGUGUAAAUCAUCAUGGGCAGUCUAUAUUGUUAGGGGCUGGCUUGAUUUCAAGCGAGGACACAAGUACUUUUGUGUGGUUGUUUCAAGCAUGGUUGGAGUGCAUGGAUGGUCAGGCUCCAAAAGCGAUCAUAACAGACCAAGACCGAGCCAUGAAGGCUGCUAUUGCGUUGGUAUUCCCAGGUACUCGCCAUAGAUAUUGUCUAUGGCAUAUAACGCGGAAAUUGCCUGAGAAAUUGGGAUCUCACGCUGCCUUCAAUUCUGGGUUGAAAAUUGCAAUCCAGAAUGCCUUGUAUGAUUCACAGACAUGUGGUGAAUUUGAGGAGAAGUGGGGGCAAUUUAUUCACAAGUAUGACCUAGGUGAAAAUGCAUGGUUGCAAGGGUUGUACAAUGAGAGGUCGUUUUGGGUACCGGUUUAUCUUAAGGGAGUUUUUUGGGCUGGCAUGAGCACGACACAGCGUUCUGAAAGCAUGAAUGCUUUUUUCGAUGGAUUUGUACAUUCUGGGACAACGUUGAAAGAAUUCGUCGAUCAAUUUGACAAUGCAUUAAGGAAGAAGGUAGAGCUCGAGACGACAGCUGAUUUCAAUUCCUCCAACCAAACCAUCCCAUGUUCGUCCGCAUUCCACAUUGAAAAGCAGUUUCAAUCCGUAUAUACGAAUGCAAAAUUUAAAGAAGUUCAAAAAGAGGUGUGGGGCAUGAUUUUAUGUAACUGCAUACUUAUCCACAAGGAAGGUUGCAUUUCCACCUACGAUGUUUUAGAUGAAAUCACCACUGAUGAUGAUCAUGUCAAGAGCAUCAAGUACACAGUUUACUUUAACGAUGAAGAGGUUGAUGUGAAAUGCACAUGUGCGUUGUUUGAAAUGAGAGGAAUUGUCUGUAGACAUGCAUUGAACGUUUGUCAGAUGAAUAAGAUUCAUGCGCUACCAGAAAAGUACUUGUUGGAUCGAUGGAGAAAGAACUUAAAGAGGAGAUACACAGUGGUAAAAAGUAGCAAUGAUGACUUGCGGCAAAAUGCGGAUUCACGGAGGUAUGAGUUUGUGGUGAAGCGAUGUGUGAAAUUAGCCACCCGUGUAUCGUCGAAUGAUGCCCAUGUUACUGCAUUCAUGCGCCACUUGGAUGAGUUUGAGAAUCAAUUUAAAGGAUUAACACUUGAGUCCAGUUCAACAAAGGUUUCAGAGAAUGUGGUCACGGACAAGGGUAAGAAAAUAUUAAGCCCACACGUUGUCAGAGGGAAAGGGAGGCCGCCAACAAAAAGGAAGGUUCCGCCUGUUGAGAAGGCUGCGUCCAAGCGAAAGAAGAAACAGACACGUCGACUAAUAUUUGAUGAUACGAACCAAGAUUUUGAGGUGUCGGAAGCUCCUACAAAUGUUGAGGAGCAAAUACCCAGUGUAGCGAAUGAUGAUUUUGUGGUUCUAACUCAGUGCAGUACUGUCACACAACCAAUGUCAUCGGGCAAUGAGUAG